UCCUCGGCUUCUCCCCUCCCCUCGCUCUCUGCUCUUCUUCUUCUGCCCCCCACCCACACACACUCGAGACCUAGGGUUAGGGUUUCGGUCGCUUCCGAUUCCGACCGCCAUGGCCGCCGCCGCGGGCUCCAUCGUGGUGGACUUCCCCUCCAUGGGCUCCGCCUGCUGCUUCCCCAGCCUCGAGUCCCUCCUCCGCGACUCCGCCUCCCGCUUCCUCGCCGCCGUCUCCGCGGCGCCCGACCCGGACCUCACCAACUUCCGCUCCCUCUUCUCGCGGGUGCUCAACACCUACCCGGACCCGCCGCUGGAGGCCGUCUGGUUCUUCUCCGCGCUCUCCUUCCACGACUCCCCCGACGACCUCCGCGGCCUCCUCCACCUCCUCUCCGCCUUCACCGCCUCCUCCCAGUCCGCCGCCAAGCCGCUCGCCCUCCUCGCCCCCGUCAUCUCCGAGCUCUUCCACUCCGCCAAGCCCCGCAGGGAGACCGAGGCCCUGGUUGAGGCCGUCCUCAGCUACGUCAGCAUCUGCAGCAGCCGCGCCCCCGCCGGGGGCGAGGGGGCCAGCGCCGACGCCGGGGGCCUUCUGCCGGCCUUCGGGGAGCUGGUGAAGGUGUGGAGCGUGCGCCACUCGAGGGACAGGUGCCCGUUCCAGGUGCUCUUCCCUCUGGUCGGGGAGGAUGCCAGGCGGGAGCUCAUGAGGGAAGGCUGUAGCGUCGUCUUCCUCGCCGGUGUGGUGGUUGCCGAGGCGUUCCUGCUCAGGCUCUGCCUCAAGGUGCAGGGCGCAGCAGGUGUGCCACGUGCUGAGCUGCAGAAGGAACUCAGGAUCUGGGCUGUCAGCUCCAUCUCGGUCUUCCAGAACAAGCAAUUCUUCGAGGUUCUGCUAAACAUGCUCGUGAAUCCUCCGCUGCCUGUUUAUUCCCUACUGAGUGCUGAUGAUGAAAUCUUGGUGAGAGAUAUCCUUUAUGAUGCUCUGAUCUUGGUGGAUUAUUCUUUCAUUAACAAAGGAGCAGAAGUUGAUCAAGCUGAUAGCUCCCUUUUGCCCCUUUUUGUGUCAAGAUUGCUUAUCACUCAUGAUGCCAUCAAUGAUGCCAGGAGCAAAGGCGACCAAGGGAGGGCAAUGUCUUUUAUGAAUGCUUUCUUCACGUCAAACAUCCCCACUUAUUUUGUUAAGUGGGCUACUCGUCAAGCUGGCUUCAACCAACUCAGCAAACCAGCUGCUAUCACACCUCAAGCUCUCCUCAAGUGGCUUGUAGAGCUUGAAGAUAAGGGCUUCAGAGUAUUUGGAGAUAAUGUUUCUCGGAUUAGGGAGAGGCUGAUGUAUGACGAGCGCAGGAACGGUUACCAGAGCAGGAUGAUUCACUCAGAUGCUGAUCUUUUCUUCAUUGAUAAGCAGAAUGGUGGGGAGGUUAUGGACACAAGGGCGGGUGAGGAUGAAGAAGCUGCUGAGAUGGAAACAGCAGAUUAUGCUUUUAUGGCUGCUGCUCAGUCUAUGAAGACUAAUGGCAUGCGGAAAAGGAAGGAUUGCGGAACUGAAGAUGCAAAUGUGGUGAAGUUUGUGAAGUACAAGGUUGAAGACAGCUCAGUGAAGGAUUACUUCUUGUCAGGAAAUAAUGGAGUGAGCAGUGGUAGUGAGGUAGAGAAUCCGCAGUCCGAUGAUGAGAUGGAAGAAACUAAUUGAUGGAUAGAAAGGAAACCACCCGCUAAUGCUUACUUGGGAGAGUCUUUUGGCAGGUCUGGAGUUGGGACGAUUGCUGUUGCUUCGGUUUCCGCUUCUGUAUGAUGUCAUUCAGCUUCCUUCAGGAUGAUGAUGAUGAAUGGAAGCGGGAUUCUAGGAUAAUAAUCUGCAACACAGAGCCCGACCCCAGCCAGGCUUACCGAUAUAGUCGUAACUGCUUAGCUAACUUAGACUCGAUGCAUGAUGCUACAAACUAUAUAUCAUGUUCUUUGCUAUGCGCAAUUAGAGACUUCGAAAUGUAGAUCUACUCUAAAGACUUCUAUAAUAGAAGAGUACCUUUAUGUUAA